AUGGGGCAUUGUGCAUCAAAGAAGUAUAUGUCAACAGAGCUGUCUGAUGAAGAGAUAGGUGCCAUUCGUGAAGUUUGGAUUCGAGCUAAAAACAAUAUGGUGGGAAAGAAGAUCCUGCAGACACUAAUUGAGAAACGUCCCAAGUUUGCCGAGUAUUUUGGUAUUCAGAGUGAUUCGCUAGAUACAAAAGAGCUUAACAUGAGCAAAGAAUUUCAUUUACAAGCUCAUCGUAUUCAAAACUUCUUGGAUACAGCAGUCGGUUCUCUUGGCUUUUGUCCAAUUUCUAGCGUGUACGAUAUGGCACAUAGAAUAGGACAAAUUCAUUUCUAUCGGGGUGUCAAUUUCGGCGCGGAUAAUUGGUUGGUUUUCAAGAAAGUCACUGUCGAUCAAGUAACAUCGGAUCAGUCUGAUUCAGCUAGUCUGGAUUUAAGAGGCCAAGAAGAGAAGGAAACAAUUUUGAGAGAAUUGAAUCCCUACACUGGUGAAAAUUGUUUGAGCCGGUUGGGAUGGAAUAAACUAAUGACUGUAAUCGUUCGUGAAAUGAAGAGAGGUUUCCUGGAGGAAGCUAUGCGAAACUGCAAAGAAGAAGAUAACAAUGGAUUGCUUGGAGCUUAA